AUGUCAAGUAGCGAUUCUUCCGAGAUAUCAAGAAGCGUAGAACCAAAGUCUGUUGAAGAAGAUGAUGGUGGUGAUCAUGGAGAGCAGCGGCGUGAUGGAGAAGAUGGCCAAGGGGCUGCCAGAAGUAUGAGCAGGUCAUCAUAUUCAUCUCUCGCAAGAACUAUAACUGAAGACAUUCAAAAUGAAUUGAGAACAGUCCCGUCUGUUCAGGAAGAGGAGGUUGAGAAUGAGGUUGGCCCAUUUGAUCCAGAGUUUUGGAAGCCAACGAACAUCAUGUCCGUUGAGGAUACACCAUUUUCUCGGAGGUAUCUUGUGACUCUGGAUGUUUUGUUUGGUGCAGUUUUGGGUAACAUGGCACGUUUUGGAAUGACGGAACUCACCUCUUACAAAAACGAGUAUACGCAUUUCUAUCCUGGUACCUGCCUAUGGUCGAAUUUUACUGCAUGCUUUGUUAUGGCCUGGUGCAAUCACGCCGCUGUUUUCUGGAGAACUGUUCUUACCGGAUCUGGAAAGACUAAUAUGAAGCAAAUGGCACUUCAUUCGGCUGUAACUGCUGGCUUUUGUGGUGCAUAUUCGACCUGGUCGAGCUUUAUGGUUGAAUUGAUUUUUAAAACCAUCGAUUAUCUUAACGGAGGCCACAAACUUCCAAAUCAUGGCUACGGGGUGAUGGAAUUCUUCUCUGUGCUAUUUGUCCAGAUGGGCGUCAGCUUUUUGGGCUAUUUCUUGGGUAGGGACUUUGCCUAUCUUAUCGAUCUGUGCUUCAAAGAAGGUUCAAGGUCGAGAAUCUUUAAUUAUCGGGUGUGUCGUAUCCUGGAGCUCUUGUUUGCAGUGUUGGGCAUUGCCGCUAUUAUUGCAAACAUUGUUCUUGCAUGCACACUAUCAAUAGAUAGCAGUUGGAAAACAUCUUAUGCACUGUCGAUCGUAAUUGGUGUUGUUGGAUCCUGGGUUCGGUUUAGACUUUCAGCAUAUAAUGGAAGCUUUGGAAUUAGUUGGUUUCCAUCGGGUACGCUUAUGGCAAAUAUCUUUGCCUGUCUUUUGCUUCCAGUUCUAUACAUUCUUCUAUAUGGAUACAAGGAUGCUGCUACAGGAACGAUGAUUGUCACAAGCAAGGUUCACAGAAUGGCUAUUACUGCAUUUUCCAGCGGAUUUUGCGGCUCCCUUAGUACGAUGUCGUCAUUUGUGAACGAAUUAUAUAAUUUAGAAUAUCCACUUCAACGGUACACAUACUUUGGCGUUACUUUUCUUUCAUGCUUUAUCAUUAUGUUUGUUAUCAUCUGUCCGUACGCAUGGACAAGGGGAUUCAUCGAAUCGUGA